AUGCCGCCGAGCGGGCGGCGGCGGCGGCGGCGGCGGCGGCGGCGCGCUCUGGCGGUCUGAAGCGGCGGCCGGCUGCCACGGGCCGGCUGCGCGAUGAGCUGGACGGCCGCCCCCGGCUCGGGGCUGUGAGGAGCUCGGGGCCGGGGGUGGGCGGCACCGCAGCCGGCGGCCCACGCUCCUCCUCGGCGGCGGGGGCUAUGCGCGGGACAGCGCGUCCAGGGCCGCCGGGCUGGGGCCGCCUACCGGGGGCCCGCGGCCUGAAGGCCCCGCCGCCGCCGCCGUCGCUGCCGCUCCUGCUCCUACUCGCGCUGCUGCCGCUGCUCCGCGUCGCCGCUGCCGCUGCCCCGGUCCCGCGGCCCCCGGCGCUGUCGCCCGCGGGGCCCAGCGUGAGCCUCUACCUGAGCGAGGACGAGGUGCGCCGGCUCAUCGGUCUUGAUGCAGAACUUUAUUAUGUGAGAAAUGACCUUAUUAGUCACUACGCUCUCUCCUUUAACCUUUUAGUACCCAGUGAGACAAAUUUCCUGCACUUCACUUGGCAUGCAAAGUCCAAGGUUGAAUAUAAGCUGGGAUUCCAAGUAGACAAUUUUGUGGCUAUGGACAUGCCCCAGGUCAACAUUUCUGCUCAGGGGGAAGUUCCACGCACUUUAUCAGUGUUCCGGGUCGAACUUUCCUGUACUGGCAAAGUAGAUUCUGAGGUUAUGAUACUAAUGCAGCUCAACUUGACAGUAAAUUCCUCAAAAAAUUUUACAGUCUUAAAUUUUAAACGAAGGAAAAUGUGCUACAAAAAACUUGAAGAAGUAAAAACUUCAGCCGUGGACAAAAACACUAGCAGAACUAUUUAUGAUCCUGUACAUGCAGCUCCAACUACCUCUACGCGUGUGUUUUAUAUUAGUGUGGGGGUUUGCUGUGCAGUAAUAUUUCUUGUAGCAAUAAUAUUAGCUGUUUUGCACCUUCAUAGUAUGAAAAGGAUUGAACUGGAUGACAGCAUCAGUGCCAGCAGUAGCUCCCAAGGGCUGUCUCAGCCAUCUACCCAGACGACUCAGUACCUGAGAGCUGACACGCCCAACAAUGCAACUCCAAUCACCAGCUCCUCAGGUUAUCCUACCUUGAGGAUAGAGAAGAAUGACUUGAGAAGUGUCACUCUUUUGGAGGCCAAAGCAAAGGUGAAGGAUAUAGCAAUAUCCAGGGAGAGGAUAACACUAAAAGAUGUACUCCAAGAAGGUACUUUUGGGCGUAUUUUCCAUGGGAUUUUAGUAGAUGACAAAGAUCCAAAUAAAGAAAAACAAACAUUUGUAAAAACAGUUAAAGAUCAAGCUUCUGAAAUUCAGGUGACAAUGAUGCUUACUGAAAGUUGUAAGCUACGAGGUCUUCAUCACAGAAAUCUUCUUCCUAUUACCCAUGUGUGUAUAGAAGAAGGAGAAAAGCCCAUGGUGAUUUUGCCUUACAUGAAUUGGGGGAAUCUUAAAUUGUUUUUACGCCAGUGCAAAUUAGUAGAGGCCAAUAACCCUCAGGCAAUUUCUCAGCAAGACCUGGUACACAUGGCUAUUCAGAUUGCCUGUGGAAUGAGCUAUCUGGCGAGAAGGGAAGUCAUCCACAAAGACCUGGCUGCUAGGAAUUGUGUCAUUGAUGACACACUUCAAGUUAAGAUCACAGACAAUGCCCUCUCCAGAGACUUGUUCCCCAUGGACUAUCACUGUCUGGGGGACAAUGAAAACAGGCCAGUUCGGUGGAUGGCUCUUGAAAGUUUGGUCAAUAAUGAGUUCUCCAGCGCUAGUGAUGUGUGGGCCUUUGGAGUGACGCUGUGGGAGCUCAUGACUCUGGGCCAAACGCCCUAUGUGGACAUCGACCCCUUUGAGAUGGCUGCAUACCUGAAAGAUGGUUACCGAAUAGCCCAGCCAAUCAACUGCCCUGAUGAACUAUUUGCGGUGAUGGCCUGUUGCUGGGCCUUAGAUCCAGAAGAGAGGCCCAAGUUCCAGCAGCUGGUACAGUGUCUCACAGAGUUCCACGCGGCCCUAGGGGCCUACGUCUGACUCCUCUCCCAGUCCCACGGCAUCGGAGCAAGGGGCCUGUUGGGCCUCACUCGGAACCAGUCAUGGACACUUUGUACAUCAUGCAAUGCCAGCAGAAGCACAUUUGUCUUCCAGAACACUGUGCCUUAGGAGUGCUUUAGGAUCUGAACUUUUAAAGACAGACUUAAUAAUGUGGAAUAUUUUCUAGCUGUCACUUUUAUUAGGUUGAACUGAAAAGUUUUUUGUAAAUUUUUUGGCCCAAAAUUUUUAAAAACAUAGUUACUUUGGACUAGGGGUACAUUCAUACAAAAUAAAUGAACAGUUUGUAAAAUUGUUUAAACACAGGUAUUUGGAAUAGCUAUCUUAGUGCCAACUGCUUUUUAUUUUAUAACUUCAUCAAGGUAAAGUAGGUGAUUCACCUUUAAAGUAUUUAUCACUAGUCUUGGGAAUGGUUUGUCUUCAAGAUGCAGUACUUUUCUUAGGAAAAGAAAGAUAGCAUAAAAAGAUGUCUGGUUUUCCUUGUACAGGAAAAGACAAAAUUAGAUGAAGAAAAGCUAGAGAAAAAAAGAAAUAAAAAAAUAGUAGAAACAGAAAAUUCCCUUUAGUGAAAAACUGCUUCUUUUUUAAAUUUUUUUAAUGAAAGAGUUCUACUCUCUUAUUUUUGGGAAGUUGGGGCUAAGUUCAUUGAAACAUCUUAAAUUUGGCAGAAAUUAGCAUUUCCGUGAGCCAGAAGUGGGUUUGGGGCAGGUCAGUAAUAAACUAUGGCAAAUUUAUUUAUUUUUACUCCCUGGAAAAGGAGAUAAUAGAAUUCCAGAAAGUGAAGUCAUGUUUUCUAAGGUUAAGAAUCUCUUGUACUGCACCUAGAAUAGUGCUAUGCACAGAGUGGGUGCUUGAGUUGUGGGCAAAAAAAAAUGUAAACUGGUCAAUUUUGUGCUUAUCUUCAAGGCUGGCUUAAGUAUAAAAUUGUUUUUUUUUAAACACUUGAAAGUUAAAGGCUUUGUUUCAUACUAUGACAGUAUGGGAAAUAUUGUUCAUAACAAAUGAUUGGUUGUGCCCAGUAAGUCUUUCAACAUGCAACAGCUAGAUAUACGCGUUUUAUUUCAUUGGUGUUUAACUCAGGCUCCUAAGCCCUAACACGAAUUACAGCUGACUGUGUUCAACUUGCAGGUUCUAAUAAAAGGUUGGAGUUAUUAUUACAAGGAAGUACUACAACAAUGAAAGUUUUCUCCAAAGCCAUAAUACUAGAGUCAUGUCUGUAUUUAUACUUGGUUAUAGUUAGCCUAACAGAGUCGAAUAGAACAUCUAAAUAGCUAGUCCUUCGGGUGCCUGUCCUCUACUCCCAGCCUUCAAGGUAUAUAAGGGAGAGUGUUUAGCUGUUGGAGGCUUUUACUCUUCUUGAAGAAGCUUUAUGAAUCAGCACAUCUGGAAAAAUAGCUCCCACAGUACAUGCUCUACCACAGGUGGGCCAAGAGCAAGAUUUUUCUGUGUACCAUUUCUUAAGGAAUACUCAGCCCCCUGAAUGGCCGGUUUUUUAAACGCUCUUUGAACUGCUUGUCAGGUACAUAUGUUUUUGCCUACAAUCUGCAGUCUUAGCAGGCAUCAAUCAACAAAUAUUUAUUUAGCACUUACUGUGUAUUAUGCACACAAAGUGGUUCGAUUCUAGCACUCUUUCCAACAUUCAGUGCAUUCUUCUUUGUGUUCAGGUCAGUACAUUGUUUUGAUAUCACAGUUCUAUGUAUGAUCCAAAAGAAAAAGUGCUGACAUCUGACUUCUGUCUCAAACUAGUAGGUAAUAAGAGGUGCUCUCAGUUUACUGGGAUGUGUGGUGCUUUUAACCUUUUCUUUUUGUGUUUGGAAGCUGUCUUAUGUAUAUAUUUGUUUUAGUAGGUGAUUAAAUGUCUAAAUUGAUUUUUCUUGUUGA